UAAUUGCAAACUUUAGACUUUUCAAUCCAAUUCACCGACAAAAUAUCACAUUAUAACAUUAAUAAAUCUCUCUUCACAUAAUUUAGUACUCUCUCAUUCACCUUUUUCAUUUCCUCAUCUCUCUAAUAUCAAUCACUUAAUCAAUAAAUCUCUGCAAUUUUCUCAUUCCACCAUUAACAUUAUAUCAACAAAAAAAUGGUACACUCAAAAAAAUUCAGAGGAGUCAGGCAGCGCCAGUGGGGCUCUUGGGUUUCAGAAAUUCGCCACCCUUUACUGAAGAGGAGGAUAUGGCUAGGUACAUUUGAGACAGCAGAGUUAGCAGCAAGAGCAUAUGAUCAAGCAGCUAUACUCAUGAGUGGCCAAAAUGCUAAAACUAAUUUUCCUAGGAGUGAUCUUGAAGAGACGAUUACUUCUGAAGAUAAUAACGAGUCUACAUCACUGUCUUCUUCUAAAGCUUUGUCUGAAUUACUUAAUACUAAGCUUAAAAAAUGUUGUAAUAAAGACCCAUCUCGUGCUUCACUCACUUGUUUAAGGCUCGAUAAUGACAAUUCUCAUAUCGGGGUAUGGCAGAAGCAUUCCGGCUCUCGUUCGACCUCAAAUUGGGUCAUGAAAGUCGAGCUCGGGAACACGAAGAAGAAACAAGUGAUGGAAGAGGAAGGAUCCUCCUCGUCGAUAUUAUCAUCAAUAUCGUCACUCACAUCAGUAUCAUCGCCAACAACAACAGUUGGAACUGAAUCUAGGGAUAGUACAAAUGAAGAAGAUAGAAUUGCAAUGCAAAUGAUAGAAGAACUACUUAACUGGAAUUAACAAGUUAUACCUACCCAGUCAAUGUCAUGGUAACAUUUAUAGACGGAUUUUCUAUCCGGCAGAAUCCGUCGGUUAUCUGUUGUUUUCUAAAAGCGACUCACUUCACACGUCAUCAGGUUUGUUGGAGCCUAGGCAAUAAAAAAUUGUCACCUCGCAAAUGAUAUCAAAAACUCAUAUAUAAUAUAUAGUUUUAUUGGUCUCUCAAGUAUAUAUAUAUAUUUGUAUAUGUAGUCAUGUAUUGCCUAAUCAAAGCAAGGAAAAUCAGGAAUUAUACACAAGUAUGGAGAUGGUGUAUGUGAUCUGUCACUUGGAAUCUAAGAUUUUUGUGAUGAAAGAUGCUUUAUUAUUCUGUAAAUAGGGUUUGGAGUUAUUGAUGAGGGUGAUAGAAUGCUAUCUCUCUGUCCUUGAUAUUAAUGUAAUAGACGAUGAAUCUUCUUAAUAAGAAAGAAAAAUAUCCUUCCUUUGUUAA